AUGGUGUUCAGCCAUCGGAGCACUAAGUGCCCGUCAUACCUCCAAACCGCUGCAGAGAAGCUCACACCUCCAUCAGCACCAGCCCCUCCCCCUCAGCCUCUCUCCACCGCUCAGGUUGGAUUGGGCUGCCAGAACCUCCGCUUGCUCAUCGGGUCAGUAACAGGAUGGAGCUCCGCUGCAGAACCUCAGUCGUCCUGCUACUUCUUCUGUUACCAGUGUGACCUUCACGGCGGGUUUGAAGCAGAAGGUGUCCAUCAGGAUGUGACCGAUAGUUGCUUUUGUGCUCAUGGCCGCUUUGCCCAGAAACUUCUGAAUGACCUUUUCUCCAACUACACCAAUGCUCUGCGGCCGGUGGAGGACACGGACCACAUCAUCAACGUAACCCUGCAGAUCACCCUGUCCCAGAUCAUCGACAUGGAUGAAAGGAACCAGAUCCUCAGCACCUACCUGUGGGUCCGCCAGGUGUGGAUGGACGCCUUCCUGAUCUGGAGGAAGGAGGACUACGAUGGCCUGGACGCCAUCCGGAUACCUAGCAGCUAUGUCUGGAGGCCUGACAUCGUCCUCUAUAACAGCGCAGACGAUGAGUUCUCCAGCUCCAUGGAGACCAACGUCGUCCUCCGUAAUGAUGGACAGGUGACAUGGGACCAACCGGCCAUCACCAAGAGUUCUUGCUCGGUAGAUGUGGCCUUCUUUCCCUUCGAUGUGCAACAGUGCCACCUGACCUUCGGCUCCUGGACUCAUAAUGGGAACCAGAUGGACCUCUCCAAUGCCUUGGACAGUGCUGAUCUGGCUGAUUUUGUCCCAAACGUAGAGUGGGAGGUUCUGGGAAUGCCAGCCAAGAAGAAUGUCAUCCUGUACGGCUGCUGCUCAGACCCGUACCCAGACAUCACCUUCACGCUCCACUUGAAGAGACGUGCCUCCUUCUACAUCUUCAACCUCCUCAUCCCCUGCAUGAUGAUCUCCUUCCUGGCUCCACUGGGCUUCUACCUGCCGGCGGACUCUGGAGAGAAGGUUUCUCUGGGUGUGACGGUGCUGCUGGCGCUCACCGUGUUCCAGCUGCUGGUGGCUGAGAGCAUGCCACCGUCUGAGAGCGUCCCACUCAUCGGGAAGUACUACAUCGCCACCAUGACGAUGGUCACUGCAUCCACAGCGCUCACCAUCUUCAUCAUGAACAUCCACCACUGCGGCCCUGAGGCCCGCCCGGUUCCAAAAUGGGCAGAGUGUCUAAUCCUGAAGUUCCUCGCUAAAAUCUGCUGUGUCAAUGAGGUCGGAGAGAGCUGCCUUGGAAGUUCAUCCAGGAAACAACCAUUAUCUCAGGAGGAGUCAGACGAGCAGGACUCAGGCGGCGGAAGAGGAGCAAAUUGGGAUGUUAAUGGCCAAGCAUGGGGAGGAAGGGUGGAGGAGGGUGAGACCAAGCAGACUGUCUGGAAGGAAGAUCUGUUCGUCACCGUCGACCACUCUGAGGAGAAGGAGGCCACUGGGAGGAGAGAGGAGGAAGAGCAGCACUCCCACAUUGACCAUGAGGGAAGAAGAGGAGCGUACGUUGAGGAGAAGAAAGGUGUUGGAGGUGCAGUUGAGGAGAACCGAAGGGAGAUCUGGGUGAGAACCAAAUGUGUGUGCCAACACCAGCGUCUGCUGAAGAGCGUGGAGUACAUCGCCAUGUCGUACCAAGACCAGCGGACGGCGCAGGUCCGCAUCUCAGAGUGGAGGAAGGUCGCCAAGGUGAUGGAUCGCUUCUUCAUGUGGCUCUUCUUCAUCAUGUUCUUCCUCAUGAGCAUCGUUAUCCUGGGAAAGGCCCUGUGAUUGAGAACAUCUGGACGCUCACGUUGCUCACGUUUGUGUUUGUUCUUCACAGCUUCACUAAACUGAUGAUGAAGCUACAUCAUCAUCAACAUUUUAAGCAGACAUUUUUGGUCAGGUUCCUGAAGGCAAGGCUCGAAUAAAUAUCCAGGAAGCAAACUGAUCCCAUGAGAGGUUUGGACACCAGGGUCCAAUAAGGCCGGUUCUGUCUGGCUCUCCAUCUUGUCUGGAGAAGAAAUAGGUCUUUAUGAAUGGUAAAAAAUAAUCAGAAUAAGUGAAACUUGACAAAUGAAAUUUGAAAUCAUGAAAUCAUCUUCAGAAACAACAAACCAGAUUAUUUUAGGUCUGUAAAGUAAAGCUCUGUGUUUACAUCUUUAACCCUCUUUAGGGCAAGUUACCGUUUUAAUCACUUGCAUACCCUUUACAAAUGGAGUCCCUAUCCGUCAGUGAAGUCUAGAAAGAUAUUUAUAUCCCAUCA